GAUCUCCACAUAUUUAUGAAACACUGCAGUUUUUCUCUCUAGUCCCUCUCCCUGACCAUACACCAAACAUGGUACAAUCGAAGAAGUUCAGAGGUGUCCGCCAGCGUCAGUGGGGAUCUUGGGUGUCUGAAAUCCGCCACCCUUUACUGAAGAGAAGAAUAUGGCUGGGGACAUUUGAGACGGCAGAGGCAGCAGCUAGAGCUUAUGACCAAGCAGCAAUAGUGAUGAAUGGACAUAAUGCCAAGACCAAUUUUCCGGUAACAAAGAGUCAGCCUGGUGAUUCUCCACUGCCAACCAAGGCUCUAUCCGAGCUACUGAAUGCUAAGCUCAAGAAAUGUUGCAAAGAUCAAUCUCCUUCCCUGACUUGCUUGAGGCUUGACACUGACAAUUCCCAUAUCGGAGUUUGGCAGAAACGUGCAGGGUCAAGUUCAGGGUCCAACUGGGUCAUGAGGGUUGAGCUAGGAAAGGACAAGGACAAGAAGAUGGCAAUAGAGGAGGGGUCUGCGUUUUCAUCAGGGUCUCCGGCGGCUGAGGUUGAAGAAUCUGGGAGGGAAAUUAGUGAAGAAGAUGCCAUUGCAAUGCAGAUGAUAGAAGAACUCCUCAAUUGGAAUUGUCCUGCGACUCCUGCUUCAAAUGGUGCUCAGAAAGAAAGUUCUUAGUCCUUUUCAGGUGUGAAAUUUUACAUACAAUUUCUGCAAGGCAGAGUUAAAGUUAGGCUAUAUAUCUAAGAUGUCCGUAAUUCUGAAAUGUAUAUAUUUAUAAAGCCAUAUGCCUUGAUGAACUUCUCAGGAAAAGAACGAAUGUUUCUGCUUAAUUCUGUCUCAGGUUCAUGAAUAACAGAGCAAAUAUUUA